AUGGGAAGCAAGCAAGCAGAGGAGAUCAAGAAUCUCCUUCUCAAGAUAAUAAUUCCCUUGGCUUUUCCCCUGGCAGGUUCUUUUAUCUGCGGCCUCAUAGCAGAUAGAGCAAUCAGGCACAGUGACCUAGACUCAUCUGAUAACUCAAUCCAGUUGGAUCAAUCAUCGUCAGACGGUUUGAGAUUGAUUCAAGGAGAGGAGGGAGGAGGAGAAAUGGAGUCCCCGAACCGGGCGCCGCGGAAGCUGGUGCAAGCGGAGACCCCCUACAGCACCGGCAGGGUCGUCGGCGGUGGACAUGCGAAGCAGGCUUCUCUCACUGAAGAAAUCAUGGUGGCGCAGGACACCGAGAGCUCAUCGGAAGUUUCAGUCAACAACCAGAGGCUCCAGGACGUUCAGGGGACGCCCGCCGGCGCCGAAGAGGUCGGGAGCCUGAAGCGCGUGGUGUCGGCCCUCGAAGAGCGGGCCGCCGGCAUCGAGAAGCGGUUCCAGGACUACUGUGACGCGAAGGAGCAGGAGGCGACGUACCAGAAGAUGCAGAUCAUGUGCCUGGGGAUGAAGCUGGAGCUGCUAGAGUCCCAGAACCAGCGGCUUGAGGCGGCCGCCACGGAGAUCCGGGCCGCCGCCGAAGAGUUCGCCGUGAUGCGGGCGGGCCUCGACGCGCUGCAGAGCAAGUUCAGGAAGGUCGCCAAGAAGAGCAGGCAAGAGUUCGACGCCAUUGAUGGGAGGAUCCUGGCCUUGGAUGCCCGGGAGGCAGAGAUGGCGGCGAGGUGCCGAGGCUUUGAGCAGCUCAUGGCGGAGAUGAAGGAGCUGGUUUCGCAGCUGCAGAAGGGGAAAGGAACAGACAGUGAGAGCGUGGAGGUCGCCGUGGAGAGGAGCAUGCGGAAGCUGUCGAGCAGCAAGGACCUGCUGGACGGGAUGGGGGUGCUCCGGGACCGGUGGGCGGCGGACAUGGAGGAGCUCAUCUACCUCGGCUGGAUCACGGCGUGGCUGCAGCACGACCUCCUGGUCAGCGACGGCGAGGGCGGCGCCGCCAAGGGCCCGGCGGCGAUUGGGGACGACGACGACGAUGGCACCCACCCGACGGCGGAGGAGCAGCGCAAGAAGGGGGAGAAGAUGGUGGCGGUGGCCGCGCCGAUCAACGAGGUGGAGCUCCGCAAGACGUCGUCCAACGCGUCGUCGUGCGCCGCGGGAGAGGAGUCGUGCAUGGGGCUGGCGGGCUGCAGGACGGGAAUCGGACGCCCGAGAUUGCUCCGCAAGAUCAGAGGGUGGGCCAAGGGAAAGGGUCCAAGCAAGAGCAGUGAGUGA